AUGGGUGGUAAGACUUGGUCCAAGGACGAAGAACGCUUGCUCUGGGAGGUCAUUAUCCCCCAAUCACCGGCGGCUGCAUACCCCGACGAUAAUGACUGCCUCUCAUGGGACCAACUUGCUGAUGAAAUGAACAAGUUGUCUGGCGCUAAUGCCCGCCGGGAAUAUACCGGAACAUCGCUCUACGAGCAUUACUACCAAAACAUCAAGUCUGGCCAUAGAUCCUCCAAGGCUGCUGAGUUUGUCGAGAAGUAUUUGCUCGACGCAGCUUAUUUCAAAGAGCAUGGGUGCCGUCGUCCCCAUACUGCUUCUGUUCCAGCUUCGGAGCCCCUGGAUCCUCAAAUCGUCGAACUUUUGCAGGACAAAGCGAAGCCGAAGCCGAAGCCGAAGGCCCGACAAUCACGCAAGACCCGUCUGUCCCGGGAGCGACCAAGCGAAGAUCCGCCUUCGCGGCCGUUUUUCAGCACACCCAAGAUAUUGGAAGAUAUAGGAGCCUAUUCUGUUACACCAGGCAACAUAGCUCAACAACAGCCUUCUGAAGAAUACAUCAUGCCUGGCCGUGCUGAUGUUGCUCGGUCUGAGCACUACCCGUUUUCCAGGUCUGGACUUGUUGCUGUUCCUGGUUCCGGCUCCGCUUGGAACCAACCAGUUGAUCGCUCGGGAAUUGAUACGAGUCAAAUCCCUGUGCGUCCAACAAUGGCGUUGGAGCAUGCCCCAAAGCCCGAUCCUGGGGGUUUGAGGCAGCCUACCACCGAGAAGAUGGAAGGAGGAUACUGGCAUUUGGUUUACAGAGCUGAACAAGACGAGAGGUACAGAAAGGCACCGUCCAUGGCUUCGGGAAGUACUAGCUCCCAGUCAACUCAGCCACAAGCGCCAGGAUAUGUAUCUUCGUGGGCGAAUCGGGGUCCUAGCCGCCAGCGAACAUGCCAAGAGCAAUGGGACGGAAGACUUCCAUCCAUUCGCGAGAUGCUCCCUCACGAGUUCGAACAAACGGUGCAUGAUCCUUACUCAUAUGAGGUAAACCAACGAGUUGACAAGCGCAGCUUCCCUAACGAACAAGGCCACAUGCAGACCCCUGAUUCUACCUCAAAGCGUCGAAGACUUCCUGACGCGCGUGGCUACCACCAACAGGACUAA